UGUGCUCACCCCUCCCAACAGUCACUCCUCUUCUUCAUCUCCUCCUCUUUUCGAGCUCUGAAGUCUGUAUCUGUAAUAUUGGAAAUGCUCGCCAUUACACUGGUGUCGGUGCUACUGUGCGCCACCUGCUACGUCUCCUUAGCCUUCACUGAUGGAUUAUUACCGAACGGGGACUUCGAGAAAGGGCCAAUGUCUACGCAAAUGAAGGGAACGGUGGUGACCGACCGAUUUGGGGUCCCGAACUGGGAGUUAUCGGGCUACGUGGAGUACAUCAAGUCUGGCCAAAAGCAGGGAGACAUGCUACUUGUGGUACCGGAGGGAACCCAUGCAGUGAGGCUCGGGAAUGAAGCGUCCAUAAAGCAGAAGGUGAAGGUGACCAAAGGGAUGUACUACUCUAUCACCUUCAGUGCAGCUCGCACGUGUGCUCAGGAUGAACGGCUGAACGUGUCCGUAGCACCGGACUCCGGUGUGCUACCCAUGCAGACUCUGUACAGCAGCAGUGGAUGGGACUCCUAUGCUUGGGCGUUCCAGGCCGAUUAUCCUGAGGUGGAGAUUCUGAUCCACAACCCAGGAGUGGAGGAGGAUGCUGCCUGUGGACCCCUGGUCGAUGCCGUUGCCGUGCGGACCUUGUAUCCUCCCAGGGCCACCAACAAGAAUCUGUUGAAAAACGGGGAUUUUGAAGAAGGCCCAUAUGUGAUACCAAACACAACCUGGGGAGUCCUGGUCCCACCAAACAUCGAAGACGACCACUCUCCAUUGCCAGGGUGGAUGGUGGAAUCUCUUAAAGCCGUGAACUACAUAGACUCCCACCACUUCGCUGUACCGGAGGGGAAGCGUGCAGUGGAGCUGGUGGCCGGCAAGGAAAGCGCGAUCGCUCAGGUGGCUCGAACUGUCCCAGGCAAGGUCUACUCCCUAACGUUCGCUGUUGGAGACGCGAGCAAUGCCUGCCAAGGGUCCAUGAUAGUGGAGGCUUACGCAGGGAGAGCCACCCUCAAAGUGCCAUACGAGUCACAGGGGAAAGGAGGGUCAAAGCGUGCUGUUCUAAGGUUCACGGCGGUGUCGACACGAACCCGGGUUGUGUUCUAUAGCACCUACUACACCAUGAAGAGCGACGCAUCGCUCUGCGGACCUGUCAUUGAUGACGUGAAGCUGCUCAGCGUUCGCAGCCUGCGACGUAGCUGAGGCUGCUGAGCUAAGUAAGAUAUGUAGAGAGAGAGAGAGAGAGAGAGAGAGAGAGAGGCUCUAUAACUCAUCUUCAUGUAGGCUCUAUAACUCAUCUUCAUGUCAGUUCUGAGUUGAUAUUUAAUAUAUGUUGUAUACUAAAUUACUUAUAUGGGGAAGUACUUAGCUGUGAUUUUUAUUUUUAA